AUUCAAUAUAUUGUAUAUGUACAUUUAUCGGAAAGCAUCUUGGUUAUAUAUUAAAGUUAAAAUAUCAAAAUGGAUGAUGAAGAAGGAAGGUUGUUUCGAUGCAGAAGAACUUGCUGUGAAAUGUUAGAAGAUCGCGGUUAUUUCAUUCCAAGCCAAGAAAAAUUAGAAACUUUUGCAGAAUUUAAGGCAAGAUACGAGUCAUAUGAUAGAACACGCUCGAAAAUGCUUUUGGUGGCUUCACAAAAGACGGCCUCAGAAAAUAAAGUUUUAGUUUUCUUUGCGGAUGAAACUAAAAAAACUGGUGUGAAGCCAAUUAGAGAGCUAACUGAACGUAUGGAAGAUCAUGAUAUUCAUAGAGCAAUUCUAGUAACACAAAAUGUUCUUACCUCCUUCGCAAAGGAUGCUAUAAUGGAAGCGUCGCCUAGAAAUAUAAUAGAGAAUUUUAUGGAAACAGAACUACUUGUCAAUAUAACUAGGCAUGAGUUGGUCCCUAAACAUGUACCGUUGACAAUGGAAGAAAAGCAAAACCUAUUGCAGAGAUACAAGGUCAAAGAAAACCAAAUUCCAAGAAUACAAUCUGCUGAUCCCGUAGCCAGAUAUUUUGGCCUAUCAAAAGGGCAAGUUGUAAAAAUCAUCAGACCGAGUGAAACUGCGGGAAGAUAUGUGACCUUCAGAUUGGUCGUCUAAUAUCGUAAAUCGUAUAGAUGUAAACUCGUAAAAUAUAAAGUCAUUCUAAGC